UGAUUCUAUUUGCUAUCGGUAAAAUGAAAAAAAGAAACCAAAAAAGAUGGCUUACAUAGAUCGCUCUCUCCGAUGGAUGAACAGUGUGAUCAGUGGGAAGGGAGUGGAAUUUGAAAACCCCCUGUUCUGUUCUCCCUCCUCAGGGGGGCAGUCCUGGAGGCAUGAGCAAGCUACGGGGAUGUCUCAGCUGGCACUGAAGAGAAGUCCUAGGAAAAAAAGGUUCAUUCUCCCAGGGACAUGAUACUGUAUUUCUCCCUCCUCAGAGCCAGCUUGAGGGUCACAUGGAGUGAAAAAAGUCGUCUCAUCAGUUAACACCAUCAGUGUGAUGACCACAUAGGACACAAUGGAAGCUGCAAAAAAAAAAGAAAAAAGUAACAUUGACCAAAUCGGCUUCCAGGAGGGUCCGUGACAACUGACCGUUCUGCUGAGCGAUCUAGACCUCUGUGUGAUGUGGAAAAAGUUAUUGGCUGGAAGAGGAGACUUCGACUAAAGAAAGAUUGAGCCUUAGUAGAAGAGUCAGCAAAGCUCUCUAAGAGAGGAACACAAACUCCAGAAGCAGGGACAUUCUUCAAAAGUGCCGUUUUGCACUCUGCAUGAGUUACACUCAGGCGCGCUCGCUGAGCUCACACCGGUUUCCCCUUCUGCGGGGCCAGCUUAUCUCCUCUCGCCAGGCUCACGGGCUGGGCCCCGAGCAGCCGGCCCUCCCCCGUGUGGCUCCAGACCGAGGAUAACAGCAGCCUGGAGCAGUGCCAAGCCCAGCCAGAUCCCCCAGAGGUCUGAGUGAGUGCCGACAUGCUGGCAGCUGGGGAAAUUUACAGACUCGAACUCCUCAUGCUGAAAGUCUGUCCUUGGGCAAUGCUGUUACAAUCCUGACACUUGAUCCUAGAGAUUCCGGCCACAGGUAGGUGUCUGUAUAUGUUCUUCAUAAAGCAGUUAAGCAAAAUGUGGAAGCUUGUACGAGAAAAGGCAAAAAAGAGGAAGAAGUAGAUGGAUGGAUAAAGCGACAGCUGCAUCUAAAAUUCCAGAAAUCUCGUGGCUAGCGCUAACAUGCUGCCAAGCUGCUGAGCUCUCGUUUACUCGAAAGCUUCUUUAGAAAGUGAGUCAUGACCACAUAUUUUGUUUUGCUUCAUUCAGGUUUGUUUAUAAUCUUGGACAGCCAGGCCACGCAAAGUCCACCCUCUUUCUGAACACGCCGAGAACACUCUCUGCUAUGGACCUGAAAGCUUAAUCUAGGAGCCAGCGGACCAAACCACACUGAAUCAAGUUUCAAGUCACUUGAGUCUGGAUAAUUAUUCCAUGGCCUAACUCUUUGGAUAAAAGUCGCUCGGUUCAAUCAGGAAGGCUAAAUGCAUAUGAAACAGAAAAGUAUAUACCAGCAAACUCAAGCACUUCUGUGCAAGAAUCUACUGAAGAAAUGGAGGAUGAAAAGAGAGAACUUGUUGGAAUGGGGGUUCCUGAUACUGUUAGCACUUUACAUGUGCAUAUUUUCACAUUUAAAUAAAAAUGUCCAUUUUCCUGGAAUGCCUCCCCAGAACCUGGGAAGGGUAGACAAAUAUAACAGGUCUUUUACGGAUGUUGUGUAUACACCAGUCUCCAACUUGACCCAGCAGAUAAUGAAUAAGACAGCAUGUGCUCCCGUUAUGAAAGGAAGAAGAAUCACUGCCGCACCAGAUGAGAAAGCCAUGGAUGAAAUAAUGCUAGACACUUUCUCUUACAGCGUGGGAGUCAUCUUUAAUGAUUCUUUCUCUUACAAGUUCAAAUUUUACCACAGAUACUACGUUCCAAUUUUGAAGGAGGAUUUUUUCACAGCUUACUGCCGGGGUACAAAUAUUAAUGACUUUUCCUGUGCACUGGAGAAAUACUGGAAAGGAGGAUUCGUGCCUUUACAAGCUGCCAUUAAUGCUGCUAUUAUACAAACGACAACAAAUCACUCUGUGAUGGAGGAGUUGAUGUCAGUUACUGCUGUAAAUAUGAAGACGCUACCCUUUAUCUUUAAGGAGAACCUUCAAAGUGAGAUGUUCAUUUUUUACUGCUUGCUUUACUUCUCCCCAUUUAUAUAUUUCCUAUCACUCAAUGUGACAAGAGAGAGAAAAAAGUACAAGGAUUUGAUGAACUUGAUGGGUCUGCAGGAUUCAGCCUUCUGGCUUUCCUGGGGUUUAAUCUAUGCUGCCUUCAUCUUCGUUACUUCCAUAAUCAUCACAGUCAUCAUAACAUCUACUGAAAUUAUCAUCCUGACGGGCUUCACGGUCAUAUUUACUCUAUUUUUCUUGUAUGGCUUAUCCUUGAUCGCUUUGGCCUUCCUGAUGACUGUGCUGCUAAAGAAAACCAUCCUCACCAGUUUGGUUGUGUUUCUCCUCACCCUCUUCUGGGGGGGUGUGGGAUUCACUGCGUUUUACCAACGACUUCCUUCACCUUUGAAGUGGAUUUUCAGCAUCUGUAGCCCCUUUGCCUUCAGUGCUGGAAUUAACCAGAUUAUCCACCUGGAUUAUACUAUGAAUGGUGUCAUUUUUCCUGACACUUCUGGAGACUCAUAUAUAAUGAUAGCAACUUUUUCCAUAUUGACUUUUGAUGCCCUUUUAUACUUGGUGUUGGCGUUAUACUUUGACAAAAUCCUACCCUAUGGAAAUGAGUCCCAUUAUUCGCUAUUAUUUUUCCUGAACUCAUCAUCUUGUUUCCAACACCGGAGGACUGGUAGUCAUGUCGCCGAGAUAGACGCGGACCCUGAGCCCCUCUCUGAUGAUUACUGUGAGCCCAUGGCUCCAGAAUUCCACGGGAGAGAAGCCAUCAGAAUCAGAAAUGUUAAAAAAGUAUAUAAAGAAAAGACUGGAAAAGUGGAAGUAUUGAAAGGCUUGUUCUUGGACAUCUAUGAAGGUCAGAUCACAGCAAUCCUGGGUCACAGUGGGGCUGGCAAGUCGGCGCUGCUGAGCACCCUUAGUGGGUUGUCUGUUCCGACAGAAGGAUCAGUUACCAUCUAUAAUAAAAAUCCCUCCGAAAUUCAAGACUUGGAGGAAAUCCGAAAGAUAACUGGUGUUUGUCCUCAAUUCAAUGUUCAGUUUGACACGCUCACUGUGAAGGAAAACCUCAGGCUGUUUGCAAAAAUAAAAGGGAUUCAGCCAAAGGACGUGGAACAAGAGGUACAAAGAGUUUUACUGGAAUUGGACAUACAGAACAUUCAGGAUAAUCUUGCUACACUUUUAAGUGAAGGUCAGAAAAGAAAGCUGACCAUUGGGAUUGCCCUUUUAGGAGAUCCUCAAGUUUUGCUAUUAGAUGAGCCAACUGCGGGACUGGAUCCUUUCUCAAGACAAAGAAUAUGGAACUUCCUCCGGGAGCGCAAAGCAGACCACGUGAUCGUCUUGAGUACCAACCUGACGGAUGAAGCGGACAUCCUGGCUGAUAGGAAAGUGAUCCUGUCCAACGGGAAGCUGAAAUGUGUGGGCUCCUCUAUCUUUUUGAAGCGAAGAUGGGGUCUCGGCUAUCACCUAAGUUUGUGCAGAAGUGAAAUGUGUGAUCCAGAGAAAAUAACAUCCUUAAUCAAUCACCACAUCCCUGAUGCUAAAUUGAAAAUGGAAAGCAAAGAAAAGCUUGUGUAUACAUUGCCUGCGGAAAGGACAAAUAAAUUUUCAGACCUUUUCGGUGACCUUGAUGAGGGUUGCGGCCCGGGUGUGAUGAGUUACGAGGUUUCCACGUCGACUCUGAAUGAAGUCUUCAUGAAACUGGAAGGGAACUCGACGGCUGAGCAAGAUUUUGAACAAGCAGAGUUGAGCAGGGACACGGGACAGCUACAUGAAAUGGACCCACCUUGCCCUUCUCCCCCUGAGAUGCAGAAGGCUGUGAGUGUCGCGGGCCUCUGGAGGCUGCAGUUCUGGGCGAUGGCACGGCUCCGCUUCUUACAGUUAAGACGAGGAAAGAAAGGGCUUCUGACCCUACUGUUCGUGUUUGGAAUUGCUACGUUCCCUUUGAUUGUGGAAAGCAUACUCUACGCGGUGGUGAAUGAAACCUCUGACUGGGAGUUUACGCCUGAGUUGUAUUUCCUCUCUCCGGGACGGCUUCCCCAGGACCCCCGUACCAGCCUACUGAUCAUCAACAACACGGAAUCAGAUAUUGAAGAUUUUAUACAGUCACUGAAGCAUCAAAAUAUACUUUUGGAGGUAGAUGACUUUGAAAAUAGAAAUGGCACUGAAGAUCCCUCUUACAAUGGGGCCAUCAUCGUUUCUGGUAAACGAAAGGACUAUCGGUUCUCGGUCGUGUGCAACACCAAGAGGCUGCACUGUCUUCCUGUCCUGGUGAGUGUUGUCAGCAGCGGGCUGCUCCGGAUGUUCGGUCAGACACAGCGUAUUCGCACCGAGAGAAGCGCAUACCCUUUGGGCUACACGCUGCUCUGGACGGGGCUCCCCGAAGGGUCGUUCUUCUUGUUUAUUGUCAUGUGCAGCCUGUCUCCUUACAUCGCCAUGAACAGUGUCAGCGAUUACAAAAAGAGAACCAAGGCCCAGCUGUGGCUCUCUGGCCUCCUCCCCUCUGCGUACUGGUGUGGGCAGGCACUGGUGGACGUCAGCCUCUACAGUCUCAUUCUCCUUUCCAUGUAUCUGAUUUUCUACCUAGCAGACAUGGUGUACAUUUAUCUCACAAGUCGAGUUUUAUUUGCUUUGGUUGUCAUGACGCUUGGUUAUGCAGCUUCACUUGUCUUCCUGACAUACGUGAUAGCAUUUAUUUUUCGUAAGAGGAGAAAAAAUAGUGGCCUUUGGUCAUUUUGCUUCUAUGUAAUCACAGUCAUCACAUUUGGCAUCACUAUGCUAUUUGGGCCAGACGUCCCUGUCCUGAUAGCUUGCAUGGCUUUAGCUCCCUCAGCAACCUUGAGUGGAUUUAUAACUUUUUUGCAAGAGAGAAUGCAUUCAUACAGGAUGAAACAUCAAGACGCAAAUUUUGACCUGAGUGCAGCUGACCUUCUAGUGUGCCUAAUACCUUACUUUCAGGCUUUGCUCUUCAUGUUUGUCCUGCGAUGCCUAGAAGCAAAGUGUGGAAAGAAAAUAAUGCAAAAGGAUCCUGUUUUCAGAAUUUCCCCAAAAAGCAGAGAUGCUCGUUCAAAUGCGGAAGAACAUGCAGAUGAAGACGAAGAUGUUCAAGCAGAAAGAAUAAGAACAGCCACCGCCCUGAACACGUCAAUAGAGGAGAAACCGGUCAUAAUUGCUAGCUGUCUGCACAAAGAAUAUGCCGGCCAGAAGAAAAGGUGCUUUUCAAGAAGGAGGAAGAAGACAGCAGUGAGAAACAUCUCCUUCUGUGUUAAAAAAGGAGAAAUUUUGGGAUUGCUGGGACCUAACGGUGCUGGUAAAAGUUCGUCUGUUAGAAUGAUAUCUGGGAUGAUGACGCCAACAGCUGGAGAGGUGGAGUUGACGGGGCACGGUUCGGAUCUGGAUCAGGAGGGGGACGCCAGCAUCCGGUUCCUGGGCUACUGUCCCCAGGAGAAUGUGCUGUGGCCCAGCCUGACCACGCUCGAGCAUCUGGAGGUGUUCGCCGCUGUGAAAGGGCUGCGGCGAGCGGACGCCCGCGUGGCCAUCUCACGACUGGUGGACGCCUUCAAGCUGCACGAACAGCUGAACGUUCCCGCGCAGAAGUUACCGGGAGGGGCCGCCAGAAAGCUGUGUUCUGUGCUGAGCCUGCUGGGAGACCCGCCCGUCCUGCUUCUGGAUGAGCCGUCCACAGGCUUGGACCCCGCCGAGCAGAAGCAGCUGUGGCAGACAAUCCAGACAGCGGUUAGAAACACGGCGAGGGGCGCCCUGCUGACCACCCACUCCAUGGCCGAGGCGGAGGCCGUGUGCGAUCGUGUGGCCAUCAUGGUGUCCGGGAGGCUGAGAUGCAUCGGCUCCAUCCAACACCUGAAAAACAGCCUCGGCAAGGAUUACAUUCUGGAACUAAAACUGAAGGAGGCUUCCCAGGGGGCGCCGGUCCACACGGAGGUCCUGAGGCUUUUCCCGCGGGCCGCCCAGCAGGAAAGGUACUCCUCCUUCUUGGCUUACAGACUGCCUGUGCAGGACGUCCAUCCUCUCUCUCAGGCCUUUCACAAGUUAGAGACAGGUAAGAAUGGCCAUUUUUAAAUAAAACUUUUGAAGAAUUAGUUCUUACCUUAAUUAUGUUCAUUUUUCAAUUGAUGUACAGAAGAUUUACACUAUUACAUUUGUUCCAGGCAUACAAAACAGUGGUUCAGAGUUUUUGUAGAUUAUACUCUGUUUAAAAUUAUUAUAAAAUACUGGCUGCAUCCCCUGUGCUAAACAAUAUGUCCUUGCAGUUUUUUAUUUUACGUGAGAUACACAUUUAUACAGCACACCUCCUUUAUCCAUUCAUCUGUUGAUGGACACUUAGUUUGCUUCCAUAUCUUAGCUAUUGUAGACAAUGCUGUUUUUGAACACUGGAGUGUAUGAAUCUUCUUGAAUUGGUGUUUUCAUUUUCUUUAGCUAUGCAUCCAGGAGUGGGAUUUCUAGAUCACACAGGAGUUCCAUUUUUAGAACAAGUUGCAAGCUAAGAGACAUUGGGUAAAGCCACGUAACCCCUGUGUCUCUAGGUGGCUCGUCUCUAAGUGAAAGGUAGUAUCAGUGGCCACUUGUCUGGAUUACUAGGAGGACUGAGCAGGUUCAUCUGGAAGAGCCUAGAGCGGUGCCCGACUCCUCAUGUUUGAGACGAAAGAAAUCUGGUUUGCUUUCUUGCUCUUCCUAAAUGUACAGACACACCUGCCUACUCCUGCGCCAGGGCUUCACACUCUAAUCCUUCUUCCUGGAAUUCUGCUUCUUAAAUAUCCAGGCUGUUCCUCACUUCUUUUAGGUUUAUGCUCAGUUAUCAGCUUGUUACUGUGGCCUUCCUUAAAAUCAUCCUGGAAAAAGAGCACCAACAUAUUUCCUAGAUAUUUCUUUUCUCCAGAGUAGUACUAUUAGUUACUUUAUUACACAUGUAAGUGCUUCUUUAGAAUGCAGACGGCAUGAAGGCAGGGGUUUAGGCUUUGCCCGAUCUCUGCUGCUCCAUCCCCGGAACCCAGGGGUGGCUCGUGCGCCGAGGAUCCUGUGCGUAGACGGUGAACUGUGGACCCGUGAGUGUGUAUGGAGCGCAUCUGAUGGCAGACUUCCUGGUGGGGAAGCCCGGUAGAGAGGGGACUGCAGAGAAACUGGCUGUAGCACAGAUACGCAGGACCUUGAGGUCUUUUUAAAGGGAAUGCGAAGGAAUUGCAACCUUCCUCAUGUGUGAGAAUGUAUCGGUGAGUUCCUCAGUCCCUCAAGGAACUCAGCUGUCUCCCCAAGAUACACAUACUAAGUAAUAGUUGGCUAUGAAGUUCCUUUGAGUUUUUCCAUAAGAUGUUACAAAGGAACUUUGUGGCCAACCGAGUAAUAAACCAUAUUAUCAGUAAGUGAUCUGAUAAAAUUCUAAUAUCAAGAUGAGUUUAAUAUGUAUUUAUACUGAUACUUUGACUUUUCACUAUUUCAUUCUUUCACCAAGCAUUUGCUCAUUCAGUUCUGUGUUCCAUUCAUAUUCAUUACUGGCACUUUUAUUUCAGAUGACUUUGAAAAGAUGGUUGGUAAUAAAUAAAUUGUAAGCAUCUACUACCAGUCUAUUUUUUUUUUUNUGG